AUGAUAUGGAGCUGGCAUUCGCCUGGUGAUCUCACACAGAACCACACCACUGAAAUCCUCUUAUUCUCUGACCUGAAAUCUGGCACCUAUGGGUCCCGCUCUCCUUCCUACACACAACAUUACGCGACGCCCGAGUCUGCUGCACCCCAGCGGAAGAAAGUAUGGGCAUCUGCAGAUGCUGCUGUGCAAGAUGUGAAGUCUGGGGACAUCGUGCUGAGUGGAGGGUUCGGCUUGUGUGGUACUCCUGAGACUUUGAUCACUGCUCUUUCACGACGAAAUGGCAUCCACGGUUUGACCGCCGUGUCAAAUAAUGCUGGUUCUAGUGAUUUGGGUCUAGUCAAGCUCAUGAAGAGCGGGCAGCUUGACAAGCUCAUAAUAUCAUACCUUGGCGGAAACAAAUAUUUUGAGCGGAUGUACCUUGAUGGAAAGUUGUCCCUUGAACUGGUCCCGCAAGGUACCCUCGUUGAAAGGAUGCGCGCGCACGGCGCAGGCAUUCCCGCCUUCUUCACACCCACAGGUGCCUCCACGACCGUUGAAACUGGUGGCAUUCCCAUCCGAUUUAAAGCAGGCGGUUUCAAAGAAGGUAUCCUGAUACCCGGAAACAAAAAGGAAUAUCGAGACUUCAACGGAAAGCGGUACAUCAUGGAGCCUGCCAUCGCUGGUGACGUCGCGUUUGUCCACGCCUGGAAGGCAGACGAGGCAGGUAACCUCAUGUUCCGACAUGUCGCAAACAACUACAAUAACGCUAUGGCAAGGAAUGCGCGGUUGGUCAUAGUAGAGGCAGAGGAAAUUGUCCCCAUUGGUUCAUUACCACCAAACGGUAUCCAUGUCCCAGGAAUAUUUGUUGACCGUGUUGUGCAGGCCACUGAACCAAAAGCUUUUGAUAUCCUUGCCACUGCUCCGCCAGAAGGGACUGCUGGUGGGCCCUCGCCUGAGGAACUCCUGGAAAAGAGCACACGGCGCAGAGUAGCAAAGCGCGCAGCACAGGAGCUCAGAGAUGGCUUUUACGUUAACCUUGGUGUCGGCAUUCCCACUCUCGUCACGGAGUAUCUCCGACCGGGCGUCAAGAUCUGGCUGCAAAGUGAAAACGGCAUUCUGGGAAUGGGUCCGUUCCCCACCAAGGACCAAGUUGAUCCAGACAUCACGAAUGCUGGAAAGGAGACGGUCACAUUGCUGCCCGGCGCUUCGAUCUUCGAUUCAGCUGAUUCAUUUGGCAUGAUCCGUGGCGGUCACAUGGACGUUGCUAUCCUUGGUGCUAUGCAAGUAUCGCAGGCUGGCGACAUUGCAAACUUCAUGAUUCCAGGCAAGCUUGUGAAGGGCAUUGGUGGAGCCAUGGACCUCGUGUCAAAUCCUGAUAAGACGAGGGUGAUUGUGGCCAUGGAACACUGUGCAAAAGAUGGAAGUCCAAAAAUCAUGCAGGAGUGUUCGCUGCCACUGACAGGUGCACGGGCGGUCAGUCAGAUUAUUACCGAACUCGCUGUGUUCGAUGUUGACCGGUCUGGUGGCUUCCUGACGCUUAUGGAAGUGGCCAAGGGUGUGACGGUGGAGGAGGUACAAUCGAAGACAGCCUGCGAUUUCAAGGUCUCUGAAAACCUUGGGCAGAUGUAAGUCCGUAUUGAUGGUAGUACAUGAUACCUCUGUAUCAACAGGCUGUUCCCACCAUUAAUGCCUAAUGAUACCACACAUUAAUUCCGUCUUCCACGACUAUAUUCAGUGAAAAAAGCGGACGUCUUUAGUUGCAGUUGAAUUUUUAUAUGUAUUUGGGAUUGAUUUCUGUAUUAAAACAAGGACGUCGCUUCGCAUUGCGCAGUAACAUGAUAACGAAAGGUUGAGGUGGCGCAUUACUUACACAU